AUGGCAACAUCUGAGAAUCUCACCAAACGACUAACCGCUUCCUCGACCCCUCCAAACAAGCGGGUCUGCACGUCCCCGCGAACAACGUCCUUGCCUAUAUCCAAGCCUGCUCGGAGCAUAGAGUCCAUCAUCCUCCUUCCUGAAGACGCAGUGUGGGCACUGCCCAAGCAGUCCCUCCGUGAAUACUUCCUCUCUCUCCAGCAAUACGCUCGGAACCCCUACCCAUUACAACCGGCGCUGCCCUCGCUCAUCACUCCCCCCGACCCUGCUCUUCCUGCUGACCUCCCCCCGUUACUCCGUCUGCCCCUCGAAAUCCGAGAGCUCAUUUACACCCACCUCCUCCCGCCUCCAUGCAACCCAAUCCGAGGACCGCACCCACGGCAACUGCAAACCCACAUCCUGCUCACCCAACCCAUAGUCCCUUCUCUCCUCCUUCUGAACCACCAGAUCCGCUCGGAAGCCCUACCCAUCCUCUACGGCUGCCCUACGCAAAUAGUCCACGUAACAAUCAACUACAAGCUCUGGACGCACAAAACAAUGCGAAGCGACCUCAUUCUCUCAUCAGCCCUCACCUCCUCCAUAAAACACCUGCGUCUUUCCAUCCAUCUAGGCUCCGAAAAACGAGCCACGAAACCAGGAGAGGUUGAAGCCGAUGCCCGGAUCACAGAGAUCAAGAAGGGGAUCAGGAAGGUGGGGAAGUGGCUGAGUGGCGCGGAUGUGCAGAGCUUGAGGAUCAGCUGGCAGGAACCGCCUCAGACCUAUUCCUGGGAGCAGAAGAAAGACGUGCUGGAUGGUAUGAAGGUGUUAAGGGCUGUGAAGGUCGAUGCUGGAGAGAUCAAUUGGGGUCUAAAUUGGAAUAAGGGAAAGAGAUAUAGGUUUGAGAUUGAUUAUUUGAAAGAACUGGAACGAGCGAGGCAAGAUGAUGCGAGAGGAAAGAGUUAUGAGAAUGCCAAGUGCAUGGACAUGGAAGUAUGA